AUGGCCUUUGUGCGGAGCUUAUGCGCACCUCCGAGCUUUUGCAGCCCUGGGACCCUGGGUGCUUCCUGGACUCUGCUAAGGUGCUCCCCACCCCGGCGCAGUCCGGCGGCCAAUGCUGCGGCGCUGCUCACCCUCCCGCGCCUGUGCCCAGGAGUGCUCCGUGGUUGCGAACUUGGCCCCCGGACCCUGCGGCAGGUGCGGCUGCGGAUCCCCAAAGGCUGGCUCUGGAACCCCGGCUCCGUUACCCAGCUCAUGGUCAGCCCCCCACCCUCCUGCCACCCGGUUCCCAAGGCCCUCCAGGUCCGGCCCGAGGCUGCCCUCAUAGGAGUAACCAGGGCAAGGCCGGACUCCCUUUUAUCGCCAGCUGCCCUUUACCUGUCGUCACCCCAGACCCUCCCCAGGAUCUCCUUCUGGUCCGUGUACUCCCCAGCACCCCUCCCCCGCCAGCCCUCUGAGGCUCCCUUCCCGCCGCACUGUGGUUCCCUCACCCGAACCCCACAUCCUCCCCUGCAGAAGAGGCAGGAGAGGGAGAAGAGAAACAGCACUAGACGCGGAUCCCACCCACCCAGAUCUUCCCAAGCCCACGGCAGGAAAAGUUUCCGGGGUCCCUGCAGCGCCCUCCACCGAGUAGGCGCCGGCCGGCACUCACCGGUCCCCGCGGCCCCGCAGCGCCGACGCUCCCGCUGGCCCUCGGCCCGAGUCACAUCUCUGCAGCGCGGCGGCGGCCCCCCGUCCGCGCCCGCCCGCCAGCAGGUCCCGCCUCACUGCAUCGCGCUGCCGAACGGCGGCUGCUCCAGGCGCCCCCUGGCCCGGCCAGCGCUGCUGCAGCCGAGGCCCCGGCCCCUCCAAGGCCCCGCCCCUCCACCAAGCCCCUCCCCUCUGCUCAGCACUAGCCGGGUGCUGUCAGCCAGCAGCUAG